AUGCGGCGCGCGGUGCCCGCGUGGCCGUUUGAGCGAGAGCCCUCUAGGAGCAUGCGCCUGCUACGUAUUCAUUGGCGGUAUCCAAAGCAGAGGCGGCCACAGUUAAACUGGUCAGCUAUAAAAUACAAGUUGGCUACCACGCCCUCCCCGCCUGGUCUGCAAGGGCUCGACACGGAAAAAAAAGCACUCUUAAUCCGUGAUAAUGCCCAGCGUAAUAACAGGCUGAAUAUAAUUAAAUGGAAGAAGAAACAAAUU